AUGACGAAAGGUAAAGAGAUCAAAUUUCCCGGAAAAAAAAAGGAAAAGCAAAAGCAGUGUGGGUUUAAGGAUGGGCCACAGAGAAGAGAAGAAGAAGAAGAAGUCGGGUGGUUUGGUUUGGGGAAUUCCAUUGAUGGUGAUGAUGAAGAAGUUGGUGAUGACGAUGAAGAUGAUGAUGAUUAUGAUGGUGCGUGA